AUGCCAGUAGAGUACGAGGUGACCAUGCUUGAAGCCAGAAAUUUCCAGGAUGAGCCCAUCAUACCGCCAGCCGUUUCUUCGACGCUCCCAGGCGCAUGCGAUGUUGUCUCCGCAAUAUGGUAUAAGCUGGUGUACCCCCACAAGAGGAGAGCCUCAGUUUUAUCCUGUUGUGACGGGCCGGCCAAUGAUCGAUCUGGGAUUGCUGGCGUCGCGAACAUCAAGCAACGACAGCAGGAAAACACUGGCGCCAUCGAUCGGCUGGUAGCAGCCAUGGACCUGCGUCCCCUCGAGCAGACGGACGCCGCCGUGCGCGCUUUCAUCUCCAGUCGACAACAGGCCGAAGCCGAGGAUAUCGUGGUGGCGUUGCGUAGGAACCCAGAGCGCUUCCCGACAACAUCGUUACAGCAGGCUGGCAUCGCCAUCAUCUUCAUUCUCCCGACCAUAGCGCUCCUGGUCGUAUGCAUGAGGAUAUACGGACGGCGGAAGAUGAAGCAGCUCGGCUGGGACGACGGUCUGAUAGUCCUCGCAAUGGCUUUCUCCGUGGCAGAAACUGUCGCUGGGUAUUUUGGUUUACGAACGACCUUCCUCGGGAUCCACGUUCAAGACAUCCCCCUAACCGCCGACCGCAGCCUCGGGAUGAAGUGGAACUUCAUCGGCCAGAUCCUCUACAACCCGAUCCUGGCCAUCGUCAAGAGCUCCAUCCUCGUCUUCAUGGUGCGGCUGGGCGGCCACAAGCCCGAGCUCUGGUACACGAUCCUAGCCCUCAACGUCUUCAACAUCGCGCUGGCCGUCUCCAUCUUCACCACCGUCGUCUUCCAGUGCCGGCCCGUGUCCUUCUUCUGGCGGCGCAUGCGCGAUCCCACCCUGCAGGGCACGUGUAUCGACACCGCCACCUUCUACGUCGCGACCGCGUCCUUGACGAUCUUCACCGACGUCCUGGUCCUGGCCUUGCCGUUCUGGAUCUUUCUCGGCCUCAAGAUGCCGCUGAGGGUGAGGAUCACGCUGGUCGGCGUCUUCCUCUUAGGAGCAAUGUUUGUAGUUCUGCUGCUAUAUAUCCCAGACGUCAGUCGCGGCCUAACAUGCAGUAGCGUCACAGUCUUCGGUGUCUUGCGAUUAGUCUGGUUGAUAUCCAUCAGCUUUUCGACCCCUACAGGUGAUUUCAGCUACGAUAUCCGCUUCUGCUACAGUGCAGUAGAAACCAACCUAGCAAUCAUCACCGCCUCCGCGCCCGCCCUGCGCCCCCUCCUCAAGACGCGCAGCUACGCCCCCAGAGACAGGGGGGAGACGCGGUCUGCCACGGCCAAGAGCCACUUCGGGACCUCCUCUUUCGCAAUGGGGGACCUGAAGAGGGGAAAUGUCGAGAUUUGCGGGGUGAGCCCAUCGGGGAGCGAGGAGGAGAUUAUGACGUGUAAUGGGAUUGUGAAGACCACAGAGGUGGAUGUCCAGUACGGAGACAGCAGAUCUACAGUCGGGGGUGAUUUGGAGGACGCGAGAGCGAAGCACAGGUUCGAUUACUACUGA